AUGUCACUUAAUGGCUUGGAAGCCACCGACGUCAAUGAUGCCCACCAGGCUGCCCUCGGUGAAGGUGGAGGAUGGUUCCUGCUCAAGUAUCUUAGUCGAGAUGAGGUGGGCUUGUUAGAAAAGGGAAACGGCGGUCUCGCGGAAUUGGAAGAUGUGGUCACUCGCUAUGUGGAGCAGUCGCCCCUGUAUGGCUUCAUACAAUAUCGAAGGAGGAAGGUGAUACUCAAGUACAUACCGGACGGGACAUCACGACUGCUGCAAGGUAAACCCCUUCAUUUUCAGUGGUCACAAUUUCUUCACCAGGCUAAGAAGAAGACAGCUCGUGUAACUGUUCAAUUCCAGUCGGUCAUCGAGAAGCUCUCCCCUCAUGAUACAAUAUUUUCCUUUGCCCAUUCAGCGGAUCUGAGAGACUCCACCCUCUCCUCGGCGUGUUCACUGCAUACUGCUACCGAGUCAAUCAAAUCUUCGAAUGAUUCACUCCCUCAAAGCGGCCUGGCAGAAAUAACGGAGGAUGCAUCAGAUUGUCGGGUUAAUGCUGUCGAGGGUGGAGUGGUACAUGGUGAUACCGCAAGAGCCGAAGAGCGAUCUCCAGGUGCAGAAUAUACCCAAACACUGCCUGAGAAAGUGAAUGGAUUCACUGGCGCGGAUCGUAUUCACCACAGAUCCACGUCGGCUACAACACAGAGUUCGUUCCGCCCACGUACUACUAGUAAUACAGACAAGCCGCUCCCACCACCACCUGGAGAACACACUCGCGAGGACACAGGCCCCAGCCCUAUCCUCGACUCCGGUGAUUGCAACAAAAGGCCUAGCAUGGAUGGACGAUUUUCUUCAAAUUCGACUCGCCCAAGCACAAGAGAUCUAUACGACGCGUACGGAUACAAAAAAAAGGCAAAAAUGGGACCACGACCUUCGACUGACUCUGCUGGAGCGCCAAACAAUUUAGAUUCUCCAUCCAAUGAUUUUCGACCGGUGUCAUCACUACCUGCAGGCCUUCGCAUGCCAUCACGCAAAGCCGUCCCGGCCAGACCAGGUUCUCGGCAAGCUCAGGCGAGCGCUCCAACCCAGACCAACUCUCCGGUUACAUCCAGUCCUCCAGCUCAGGCAACUUCCCCAGCCAUGAUGACACCAAAAAAAGCUCCUACCGCGCCGGUAGCCUCCAUCCGUGUACCUGAGCGGAAUCUUUAUACGCCGAACGAUGGAUUGAGGGCACUGAAGAUGCCUGAGCCGGCAUCACCAAAGAUGACACCUGAAAAGCAAAGACUGAUGAAGGCUCUACAGCUGCGGCAGAAGCAAAUAGCAACGCGAUAUACCGUUAAUAGCUUCGGCAGUAAGAGUGUGUCUGAGGAGCCGGAGUUCACCAAACCGGAGAUUGACGAUAGUAUCAUUCGUGCAGUAAUCGAUGCAUCUAACUCAACAGAGGGGCCCGAGCCCGUCCAAAUUACUACCAAAGACAUUGCCAGGGAGGACUCUCGUCAUCUUGAGGACUCGCCAGUAUCAAUGCCGGGGACGGCCGAAGAACCGUCAACACAGGCUUCAUCGAUUACAGAUGAGGAAGAAGCCUUAGCGCAAAAACGACAAGAAAAUCUUGCAGCCUCGAUACCUACAAUAUCAGAACACCAAGACCUGCUCUCCGAAAACUUGGCUGAGAACACUCAUCCCCAAUUGAUUGGCAGCCAGGGGGUAAUGCCAGAAGACAUCAAGAAAAACGCACUGAGGAAAGCUGCUUCGAUCGAGAGCCUCAAAGAUCGAAGCCAGCCUUCUGCGCCUACGCGAUCCGAUCUUUUCAUAGCAGACAAGGAUAUGGCGGAGCAGAAAGCGAUGGGCAAGGAAGUUCCAAAGUCCGGACAUUUUGAUCAGCCAACCGUCACGAGUAAACAAUCUCUGAAUGAGGAGAAGAUUGUGACAGCUAGAGAAACCAAUGGGGACAAGCAGCUCUCGCCGAGCCCAUCUUUGGAAGUCCAGGAACCAAAAGAUCAGUCCAGGGCUGGUGAUGGGCCUCCUUCAGUCGAUCGAAGAAUUAGGUCUACGGCAGAAAUCGAUGAGAACAAGGGCUUCCAGCAAGGCGAACCGCUAGCAGUCCAUGACAAGGCAGCCUACACAGGAGAAGUAUCUGAGCAUGAAGACAUUCUACAAAGCCAACCUCUAGAACACGACCAGAGGGUUUGCUCUGCUCCGAAUACGGAUGAUCACACGCCAGUCUUGCAAAGUCAAUCCGAAAAAGGCCAUAGCCAGUCACUUGAGCACCCAGCCCGGAGCUCCGACGAACUCGUGCUUCGAGAAGCCCAGAACGACAUUGUCAAACCCUUGCUCGUAAGACGGUCUUCCUCCUCCAAAUCCAUUACUGUUCCCUCCGAUAGUGUCGAUGCCCACGAAGUCCCACUACCGCCCAUUGAUGAGGAUGAAGAAAUCAGUCUCAGCCCCCAACGAGCUCUAUUCCUAGAGCAAGCUAAUACGCAUCCUCUUGAUAUUGAUGGCGAAUCAAAAGCCACAAGACAACAGUCUAGAAUACCGUCCCAGGAUAGCAACCACUCGAGUAAACAGCCUUCAACCUCAAAUGGUGUGGGCGAAAGGCAGACAGAGAGGCAAUUCCGGAGCCAAGGGGUGAUCAAUCCCAUCAAACGAGUGUCCAGCCCAGAUCAAUCGGACGACCCUUUCCUCUCAGAUGAUUCCUUCAUGGAAGAGCUCAAAAGCGCUACGCUGCAAGAAGCCAAGCCUGUCUCUGUUUCGAAAUCUCCUAUCAAGCCUGUGUUUUCAAGAUCUGAAAGUGAGCAAAGAUUGAACGGAUCUGCUCGGGGUUCUCGAAGCGUAUCGACACCUGUUGAUAACUCCGCCAAGGACGAAGAAGUUUUCUCUUCACUGCGACUGCCGACACCUCGAUCGACGUCUAGAUCAUUUUCGGCGCAGCAUGCGCCACGUCCUGAUUUGCAGCAGUCACAGGUACCAAUCUCCAAGAAGAUUGGCGUGUCAUCAAGUAUCUCGCAACGGAUUAAAGCACUUGAGCAACUUUCAAGUCGCCCAACAAGCCCUAUAUCGCCAAACCUAGCUCCUAAUACAUCUACUUUCCUUGGUUUGCGCAAGACUUCACUCCGGACUCCCUCGGGUGAUUCGGACUAUAAGAACAGCAACAUCAAUAAAAGUCGUCCUAGUACAGCAUAUCCUUCGCCUUCACCAUCUCCAGAACCCUUCAACUCGAGUCUAUACAAUCACGCGAACAAAGCUGAUUACUCGCGUUCGAUCAAAUCAGUGACCGCCCCAAUCGUUCGUGAAGUAAGGGACAAGUCGCCUGAAAAUCCAUCUAACCCGUCUGAGCCACGUCACCUGGACGUUGAAGAAAGGCCUCUCCAACGGGAGCGCCAAAAGAGUCCACCACCUGCAGAGCACAAAAGCAUGGGACCUCCACCGCUUUCGCCUUUAAAGCCGCCGAGGCCUAGGUUUGGCCGAUACUCUUCCACGCGCUCAGGAUCCUCUUCAAGCAAUGAGCAAAAGCUCGAGCCUCCGCAGACCACACGACGAGACUCUUUUGCCAGUAUUCGCUCUAAGUCGAGUCGUGCAGGGAGCGAAGUCGAGCUGCCACGCACAAUCAGCGAUUCUUCUCUAAGCGGCGUGGCCAGUCUGGAUGGUACUCAAGAUGAGAAGAAAGACUCGAGGCGGAGUCGGUUGUUGAAGCGCAUGUCGAGCAUCUCAUCCAUGUCUCGGAGAAGUAUUGCCCAUGCACUUAGUCCUGGUCCGAAGGAAGCCCCUAUAAUUGAGCGUCAAGAGCCCGUCCAAGAGGCACCUUCCACUUCUGUGGAUGUUGGAGAUGUGAACGUCCAAUUCCCUGACAACUUGCUUUGGAAGAGACGACACAUGCUCAUCGAUGCGCACGGCGUUCUCGUCCUUUCAGCAUCCAAAUCAGAUAACAAUUCAAAGAUCAUCACCAAACGAUAUCCCCUUUCCGAUUUCCGUGCUCCAUAUAUACCAGAUCAAGACCGACAGGAGUUACCCAACAGUGUUGUCCUCGACUUCAAGGAUGGCAGUACAUUGCAAUGCGCCUGUGAGCAUCUUCAGGGCCAAGCGGGAGUCUUGAAAGCUCUCAGGCACGCAUAUUCUACACACCAAUCGCAGUAA